AGGUUAGGUAUGGUUUCCUUGUUUGAUGUGUUUUGUUUACAUAACAAGAUAUUUUUAAUGUUUUUCACCCAAGACUCAACUCUUACUCACGUGUUUCAAGAAAUUAUCAUUUCGUGAAUUUUUACACUCCAAAUAAUACAGUGCACCUUGUUACAUGCAAUUUAACUUCGAAGAAGAUGGGAUCAAAAUGAAACCCGCAGAUUUUUCCCAUCUUUUUUUCCUCAUAUUCUUCAUAAAUAUUUCUGCAGUCCCAUCCAUGCGGAGUUCCCUCUGUUCCAAUGCUGUCCACUUGUCUUUGUAUAAAUUUGAACGUGUCGGAAUAAUUGAAGUACCACUGAACAAAAGUAAAAAUUCUUUGAAGUUAAAUGUCAAGUUAGUUGCACGGGGCACUCUACCAACAAGAUAUGUUGGUUUGAUAGAACUUGCAGACCCUGAGAAACUGAAAAAGACUGAAGUGAAUGAAAGUGAAUUACAGAGAGUCAAGUUCAGGAUACGAUUUCCCAUCAACAAACCACUUCCAUUCAUCAAAAGUAUUUUGGUAGAUGAUGAAAUGCUAUGCAGUGGAAAUGUGAAUAUAUUUUCCUAUUUUGGUCCGGUUGUAACUCAAAUAUCUUUGCAAUAUAUUUUGCAAUAUCCUUUGCAAUCGCAAAAUGAUGCCUCGAAUUUGCAAUCAAGCAGUUUUACUGAGACCAGCGGAGACCACCAUAAUAAAUCCCUGAUUGCAGAAAAUUGUGGACAGACUAAUUCAUCCAUCAAAGAGAUCAUGUUUCCAAGGAAAAUAAGUGAUUGGCCCUGGUUGGCUGGAAUAUUCGUCAAAUCAUCGUCUAAAGUAUUUUUGUGCAGUGGAACCCUUAUUUCAACGCAGCACAUUAUCAUUGCAGCUCAUUGUAUUUCAAAUCAUGACAAAGUAGAGGAGUUAAGUGUGUAUUUUGGCAACAUUCAAGAAAGCACAAGGGCAGGAACCGAACUCUCACUUAGUCGAAAUGUUUCUAAACUGCACAUCAAUCCGUUUUAUAAGAAAGACCCUUUUGAUACAAAUGUGGCAAUCCUGGAGCUUUCAGAGCAAGUAAAACCUAAUGGAAAAAUUAAGCCAGCUUGUUUGUGGCAACAAGCUCCUAAUAAUUCACCCUCCAUAUUAGAAGCAGUUGGCAUAGUAGCGUUAUGGAUUGUUGAUUUUGAUGGGUCCCUUCUACCAACUAAUCCUAGUUUCAUUGAAGUCCGUAUCAAAGAUCCCCAUGUGUGCAGACUUGAUGAUGAAAGCUGGUCUUAUACAUUGUGUACUGUUGCUCUUGCAGAACUUAAUUGGUGCCCUGGUGUGUAUGGUGGUGAACUGCUGAUUCGUCAAGAAGAUUCCCAUGGUGCUAAAUGGAGGGUCAGAGGAGUUAUCGAAUUUCCGUUCGAUUAUAAGAGCUGUGUCUCCUCAAAGCAAUUGCUAUUUACUGAUGUUGGAAUGCACUCUGAUUGGCUUGGACAGAUUCUAAGUCUAAGAACUUAGUUUAGACUGCUGAGCUCAUACAACAGGAACGUACAUUUGGAGGAUCGUUUGGAUUCACCACAAGUCUAAUUAAUAUUAAUUUGGAGAAGUUACAACCUCUCAAGAUCACCAUCGAAGGGAAAAAUAACUAUUUAACAUUUUAAUAAUAUUUUUAUUGGAAAAAUAACUGUUCCAUAAAUGAUCUCAUAAUUUUUUACAAAUGGUUUGAAAUAUGUCUUGAAAAAAAGUUUAUUCUAAUUUUACCAUUGUAGAUUGCUAUUUUCACGUAUCUUUUCUCAUGUAAAUGAAACUGAAAUACAACAUUAUAAUUUUACAA